AUGCCUCUGCUCCGCUGGAACAGAAGGGUACUAGUUGGGCUCACCUGCUGUGCAGUGACCGUGACCCUUUGGACAUUGUGUAUUUGGCAGCUUGUUACCAGGUUCAAGACAGAAACGACAGGAUCCGUGUCACCUCCGUGCUCUUGCCUCAACGAUGGCAUCUGCCAAGACGGGGCCUGUGUUUGCCCGGAGGAGUGGGUGGGCCCGCUCUGCGAGCUGGUUAAUUUCUGUGAAGCCAGUGUUUACACCGAAAGCACUGCUGGAGGCCUUUUAAAAAACUUUACCUUUCCACGGAUUGUAGUGGGCAGAUACAGCCAUUCUGCGGAAAAAUGUGAACCUGACACUGUGAAUGGCAACCGUUCAAUAGCAAUCCGGAUGUGCACCAGGGUGGGAACAAUUCCUACUUUACAACGCCCCCAUGUUCUGAAUUGCUAUGAAAAUCUGGACUCUCUAGCAUCACAGGUUGAAACUGCAGACUUCAGCAACAUUUCAGCUAUUGCAAGUAGCACUCAGAUCCUUACUUCCAUGCCAGACCAACUGACCACACAGAGUAUUUCGACUGCUGCUAAUAUUGCAGUGAACAUCUUGAGAAAGCCAAAUAUUUCAACAGACUCUCAGGUAUCUGCAUCAGUAAUGGCUACAGUGAGUCAACUCCUGGAUGCCAAUGAAACAGAAUUUAACCACAAUAAUCUCAGUGACGUUACAGCAAGCCUCACAAGAACAAUGGAAGAAUUUUCCUUGACCAGUAACAUCACUCAGUCCAACAUUGCCAUCCAGUCAGUCCCACUGAAGUUAAACUCAGCUAGCAUUCUGUUUUCUGCACAGAAAGAUACAGAAUUGGGAUAUUUACUGUCAACAAAACUGGAAGUACAACAGAAUGUCCCUGGUCUUAGUGAAGAUCUCAAUACUGAAGUUCAGAUACUGCUGAACAUUAUGAAUAAUAGUGCGUCAGACAGCGGAAGAGCGGGUUUUUUCCUGUAUCAAAACAGCAAAUUCUUCAAGUCGAGGAUUUAUAAGAGCCAUGGUAGUUUUUCUAAACGAAUUGUCUCUGGCAACAUUGACGGUGGAAGAACCAGUGGCGUUGAACUAGCCUUCAGCCCAAAGUACAACACAUCGGAGCUCCAGCUGCGUGAUCAUGCCUGUGUCUUUUGGGACUAUGCCAUCAAUGACUGGAGUACCAUAGGCUGUACAAAAGGAAGAGACCAAUUCUUGAGAUGCAAGUGCAACCACACGACUAAUUUUGCUGUCCUGAUGACCUUCCAGAUCAAAUAUAAAUAUGCAAAGCCUUUGGAGUACAUCUCUUACAUUGGUAUUGGAUUGUCCAUAGCUGGUCUGGUCAUUACGAUGUUGUUUCAAAUCUUCACAAGGAAAACUCGGAAGUCCUCCAUAACGUGGAUGUUGGUGAGUCUCUGCUUCUCUAUGCUCACUUUUAACAUCCUCUUCAUCUCUGGAAUUGAGAACCGAAAUGCCAGGAUCUACGGCAGUGAUACCACCAGAUACGACCAGCAGUAUCAGGCUUAUGACACCACUGAUAACACGUUGCUCACGUCGGAUUUGGUAGAUCCUCCUGCAGACCCUUGGUGUACAGCCGUGGCCGUCCUACUGCAUUACUUCUUGUUGGCAACAUUUCUGUGGACAGCACUCAAUGCUGCACAGUUGUAUUUACUGCUGCUUAGAGCCAUGCAGCCCCUUCCUGGACGCUUCGUUGUAACCAUGUCAGUAGUUGGAUGGGGAAUCCCUGCUAUGGUUGUUGCAAUAACAUUUGGAGUUACUUAUAGAGAAGGAAAUGCAUUAAACUAUCGACAGGAAGAAUUUUGCUGGCUUGCAGCCCUGGAUGAAAAUCACAAUUUCAGCAUGGAAAAGCCUAUGUUGUGGUCAUUCCUACUGCCAGUAGCUCUCAUACUACUGUUUAACUUUAUCAUCUUCAUCAACAUCACAGUCUCCGUGAUAUGGAGGGAUAACAAGAAUCUGACAAGGAAUAAAAAGGAUUCAUUCAUGAAAAGGGUGAUAAGCACUAUCUCUAUAGUUGUAGUGCUUGGAAUCACCUGGACAGUAGGCUACCUGAUGCUAAUAAACCAAGAGGAAACAAGUCUCAUUUUCAGCUAUGUGUUCUGCAUUUUGAAUGGUACUCAGGGACUUCAGAUUUGCAUUCUGUACACUUUCAGAUCGCCAAUCUUCAAGAAAAAGGUUUCUGAAGUGUUUCCUGUUUUGUCAAUGCCAGAGAUACCAGUGUAUCUGCAUUCAAAAAUUUACUAUGUUUCAAGAGCACACCUUGCAAAACAUUCAAAGGAAACUUUCAGACCAUCCAGAACGGUUUCAGAAGAUAUUUCCUUGUCUACCUUAUCUAACUGCAGUUAG